CUUUUUUCAUUUUAUCUCUGUUGUUCUUCUUUCCUGCUUUUGGCUUGAAUUGAUUUCACAUCAUUAUUUUUAACCUACAUCGUUUGUCCUUUUUUCAAUCAACCUCCAGCGUUUGGAGAAACGUGUAAAUAUAAUAUAGUGUGUGCUAGCUACGAAUCACUUUUAACAGUAGCAUGGACAAUCCUGUCUAUUAUCCAAACGAACCGUCCGGUCGAUGGUACGGUUCCAAUCGAGGCAACUACGACCGACAAUCCAAUACCUCGUCGACUCUCAUUAUAGCCUUUGAAGUCGUGUUUUCCAUCUUUAUAUUCAGUGUGGUGGUCGGAUGUUACACCUUUGGGAUUCGACGACGAAAUAAACAACGAAAAUUGGAAGCGGAACGACGGCAAAAUUUGCUGUUAUGCACAGAUUCCAUGGUCGAACAUGCCCUGUAUUCGCACGAAGCGCAAUUAGCUCUAGCCGCUCAACCUUCCAUGAUCAGUUCAUCCUCCCUCUUGACAGCCCCGCCCACGCUCAGCCCACCACCUUACCAUCCCCCCAACCCAAGUAUGCGCUUAAGCGAUGAGGCCGUCUCUCGUUUAUCGCAAUCAUUAUUGCAACUUCACUUGCGCGAUCUGUGCCCAUCUGCCUCGUCUUUACCAAUCUCCUCCACCGCAACAGUCAUCGCAACCCCACCUCCUGCUCUAGCGUCUCCGCCAAAGUAUUCAGACAUAUUUCAUUCUGAACCAAGGCCCACCAUCAACCACCCAAUUUAUUCUACACAGCCGCACAUUGUAUAAAAGCUUACCUUUCCGCAUCUCAUUCGUCUUUUUGUAUUAUCACCUUGUUCAUUUCUUAUAGGCCAAGUACAAUAAAGUUCUG